GGUAAUGUUUGAAGGAUGGCCCACUGCUGCAGGAGAUAAGGGACCUUCUGUAGACGUUUCCCUCCUUGAUAAACUGAGUGUCUUAAGUGCCACAAACGCGCGUUGCCGCCCGUCCAUAUCCGGCUGGGAUGUGACGGGGCUUGUCACCGCCCGGCACCUGCGCGGGGGAAGUGUGCGUGGCUCUGGUGAAGAUAACAGUCGGAGUACUUACGGCCCCAUACAGCAUCAUGUAUGUUUCAUCCGCUGAAGUAGCUAUGAACCAAAAUAAAUCAUGCAUUCAACAAGACUGAAAACAUAACCCUAUCCUAGUUGUGUUAUAAAUAGUGAAAGUGCGCCAAGAAUCACAAACUAUAUAAGAUGAUUUAAAUCCCGUUGGGCUCAGUGCACCCCCUGACGCGUGAGUCAGCGACGCUGGCAUUAACAUUAAUCGUGGAUUGCAUUAUAGCUUUAAGCUGCAUUCUCUUUCUUUUUUUUUUCUCUUUCUUUUUUUUUAAAAAUUAAUCUUAGUUUUUUAUCUGCUUCAAUUUUUAGUGUAGACGAUGUUAAAAAUAGAACUAUUGCAACAACGAAAUAGAUAAGUUGAAAUUGGCUUCCACUUCUAGAACAAACAAAAAAAUAAUUCUAAAAUUAUCACGGAAUGGCUUUUAUUUGUAUUUUCCAGAAAGCUUUGUUGGCGACCACACCGCAUCGGACCAAUCAACGUUGCCGAGACACCCUGUGGAAACAAGGGCCACAACCUGUGGCAGGUGAGUCCAUGUCUAAAACGAUAAGGGACUGCACUUCAAGGCAACGAAACCAUUGUGCAAGUUUCCGCAAAAUCUCUUUAGUGAUAAAUUGAAUUUCUAUGUUUGUAAUUUUGACAACCUAUUAGUAGUAAAUAAAAUGAAUGGUACGGUGCAUAAGACAAGAAUUACAAAGAAUAAAGAGCAACUUAGAAGAAAGUAGAACACAAGGGAGUAGAACAUAAAUUCUAAGAAAUUAAAAAAAUUAGAAAAGUAGUCUUAAGAAAGUAAAUCAUAAGAAGUAGAACAAAAGAAAGUAGAACAUAAGAAAGUAGAACAUAAGAAAGUAGAACAUAAGAAAGUAGAACAAAAGACAGUAGAACAUACGAAUUGAAACCAAAAAAAAAGUGUUCAUGAUUUAAACACAAUUCUUUAACACUGAGUUUAGAUGGGGUUAAAGUUAAACAAGCUCACACGAUAAAAGAAGGGGAAAAAAAAAAGAAUAAUUUUUAGAGAACAAAGAGGUAAUGUGUUGGAUUUUUGACUCUACUGUAAAUAAAGAGGAAAGAAAUGAUUGCGAUUAAAACAAAGAUAGGUUUAAAUACCUAAAUUGUUGAUUCCAUUUCAAUUAACCCUACCCAAAUUACUGGAAUCUAGUUUAGAAACGCAAACAUUAUUUUGGAAAGAAACCAAACUGAACAAGGUGUGUAACGUCCAAGGGGCAAGCUAGAUCUACUCUGUUUGACAAAAAUGUAGUCGUACCCCAUACUUCGCUUACUUCUCAAUUUCCUUUAAAAUAUUUUAAAAUUUAAAAUGCAUUUGAAAAAUAAUUUUAACAUAAAUUUAAAUUUCCCCUUGUGCAGCCAUGAAGACGUUUGGGCUGUUGGCCAUUCUGGCGUUAGGGGCAGUAACUUCACGGGCUGAAGUUUCGUCCACGAUGAGUGACUUAGAAUUAAAAGCCCACGAAGACAUCGUGGCCUUGCUGAGGCACGUGACGUUUGCUCGGCCAAAAAAACCCGUGGUGGAUCCCAUUGAUGUAAGUCUACGCUGCUUACAACAAAACAUUCAUUGAAGUCUACACUGCUUACAACAAAACAUUCAUUGAAGUCUACACUGCUUACAACAAAACAUUCAUUGAAGUCUACGCUGCUUACAACAAAACAUUUAUUGAAGUCUACGCUGCUUACAACAAAACAUUCAUUGAAGUCUACGCUGCUUACAACAAAACAUUCAUUGAAGUCUACACUGCUUACAACAAAACAUUCAUUGAAGUCUACACUGCUUACAAAAAAACAUUGAUUGAAGUCUACACUGCUUACAACAAAACAUUCAUUGAAGUCUACACUGCUUACAACAAAACAUUCAUUGAAGUCUACACUGCUUACAACAAAACAUUCAUUGAAGUCUACACUGCUUACAACAAAACAUUCAUUGAAGUCUACACUGCUUGGAACAAAACAUUCAUUGAAGUCUACACUGCUUACAACAAAACAUUCAUUGAAGUCUACACUGCUUGGAACAAAACAUUCAUUGAAGUCUACACUCCUUACAACAAAACAUUCAUUGAAGUCUACACUGCUUACAACAAAACAUUCAUUGAAGUCUACACUGCUUGGAACAAAACAUUGAUGUAAGUCUACACUGCUUACAACAAAACAUUCAUGUAAGUCUACACUGCUUACAACAAAACAUUCAUUGAAGUCUACACUGCUUACAACAAAACAUUCAUACAAGUCUACACUGCUUACAACAAAACAUUCAUUGAAGCCUACACUGCUUACAACAAAACAUUCAUGUAAGUCUACACUGCUUACAACAAAACAUUCAUUGAAGUCUACACUGCUUACAACAAAACAUUCAUACAAGUCUGUUCUGCCCUGGUCUGUUCUGUACUGUCCUGGUCUGUUACGUACUGUCCUGGUCUGUUACUACUGCCCUGGUCUGUUAUGUACUGUCCUGUUCUGUACUGUCUUAAGUCUGUUCUGUUAUGCACUGUCCUGGUCUGUUCUGUUACGGACUGGCCUGGUCUGUUCUGUUACGGACUGUCCUGGUCUGUUCUGUUACGUACUGCCCUGGUCUGUUCUGUUACGUACUGCCCUGGUCUGUUCUGUUAUGUACUGCCCUGGUCUGUUAUGUAGUGUUCUGGUCUGUUCUGUACUGCCCUGGUCUGUUACGUACUGCCCUGGUCUGUUCUGUACUGCCCUGGUCUGUUCUGUACUGCCCUGGUCUGUUCUGUUACGUACUGUCCUGGUCUGUUCUGUAGUGUUCUGGUCUGUUCAGUUAUGUUAUGUACUGUUCUGAUCUGUUAUGUGCCGUACUGUUAUGUUCUUUUAUGUACUGUUAUGUUAUGUACUGUUCUAUUAAAUUUGAAGCCACAUCCUACUUUCGGUUUGCCUACCUAUUGCGUUCACACAACACAGAGAUUACCAGUAAGUUAUACAGUGCAUACAACUCUGGUGUCAAAUGCUAGUGUUGGAUUACACACGAUGCUUACAAUGUGGAUUAUAUAAAGAUUAAGAACUAAUUCUACAUGUCUUUAAAGUCACACAUAUUAAUCAUAAUGUUUCCUAUUUUCAUUUUCUCUUCAAAAAAAAAAGAAAAAGAAAGGUUUUGGGCUAGCAAAGUCAUUCUCAUUCAAGAACUGCGCCGACCCUGACAAUGAAAUCCUUGUGCCCUCUAACUUCAAUUUAGAGCCCGACCCCAUUAGAGCACCUGGCAACAUCACUGUCUCGGGGAACCUUGAGAUUAAAUCGAAGUUUGGCUCUCCACUGGUGGUAAGGUUUGGAUUAAAUUUUCUUUCGACACCCCUCGCCAGGUCAAUGUUGUUUAAUGUACAUUCUGAAACAUCUCAACUCAACUUACAAAAGGGUAAAGGGUUUGAAAAGGGGGGGGGGGGCAAUUAUCCAAGCAUAACCUUGGUAUUAUCGCCUAGGAGGGAAGGCAACUCGUGACGCUUGUUUGCUUCGACCAGCAGCACAUAUUACUUUUUAACACACACAUUUCCACUUGGAUUAAAUUUUCUUUCGACACCCCUCGCCAGGUCAAUGUUGUUUAAUGUACAUUCUGAAACAUCUCAACUCAACUUACAAAAGGGUAAAGGGUUUGAAAAGGGGGGGGGGGCAAUUAUCCAAGCAUAACCUUGGUAUUAUCGCCUAGGAGGGAAGGCAACUCGUGACGCUUGUUUGCUUCGACCAGCAGCACAUAUUACUUUUUAACACACACAUUUCCACACACAUAACGUUUUACCUCACACACUGUCACACAUUACGUUUACGCCCACACAUUUUUUUUACACAUGACGUUUUAACCCUCAUAGUUUUACACGUUUAACGUUUUAACCCACACAUUUUCACAGUUUAACGUUUUAACCCACACAUUUUCAAACAUAAAACGUUUAACCCACACAUUUUCAGUUUAACGUUUUAACCCACACAUUUUCAGUUUAACAUUUUAACCCACACAUUUUCAAACAUAAAACGUUUAACCCACACAUUUUCACAGUUUAACGUUUUAACCCACACAUUUUCAGUUUAACGUUUUAACCCACACAUUUUCACAGUUUAACGUUUUAACCCACACAUUUAACUUUUAACCCACACAUUUCACUUUAACCCUCACAUUUAACUUUUAACCCACACAUUUCACUUUAACCCACACAUUUAACUUUGAACCCACACAUAAAACGUUUAACCCACACAUAUAACUUUUAACCCACACAUUUAACUUUUAAUCCACACAUUUUCACACAUAACGUUUAACCCACACAUUUUCACACAUAUCGUUUUAACCUACACACUUUCACACGUUUAACGUUUUAACCCACACAUUUCCCAUAUAUAAAUUUCAACCCACAAAUUUUCACACAUAUAUCUUUUUGAUAGUUUGGCCUUUAGGGAAAAUGUUUGAUGACCCCCCCCCCCCCCCCCCCCCCCAAGGGACGAUUAUCUGCUAGUUCUUUUAAACCGAUUUAUUGCAGGCCAGUGUUGUGGUAUGGAAAAAAGUUUUGGGAAUAUGGAUCAAGAUACCUUGCUACCAUGGUGUCGGCUCCUGCACCUAUAGCGACGCUUGUACACUGUUGACAAGCCCGGAUUGUCCUACUGUGCUGACCAAGAUUGGUCUCCCCUGUCAAUGUCCUUUCCCGGCAGUAAGUCAUAACCUGGAGUGUCAAACUGGAUCUCACAAUGAAAGCCGAUUGUAAAUAGCUCCAUUUUUAGACGCAAUUAUUUCAUAGCGUACAUCUUUGUUAGGAUGAACAACAAUUGUCGUUGAGUGGAUUACGAUGUUUUGUAUUUCAGGGAACUUUCAACUUUGAGCCAUUUGAUAUUGUCAUCCCCAAGGCAUUGCCGGUCAGCGGAGAGAUUUUCAUACACCUUAAGACAUCUUAUGAAGGUUCACUAGUGACAUGUGUCGACCUCCAGUUUGAGUUGGCCUGAACACGAUAACACAUCACUGCUGAAGAUGGAUGCAUGAUAAACAUCAUCACAAUCACUUGCUAUUCUUUAUAUUAUUUAUAGGAGGGGUUGGUCAUUUCUGAGGCUGGAAAAUACCACAGCGCUUGACGUGCAGUUACUAUUUUUAGCCAAUGUCUUCGUAAAACAUAGCCUCUAUCUAACAAUGUAUUUCCCAAUAUAUAGAUAUAUAUAUAGAUCAGAAACAAUUGGUAAAAUCUUUCGUCAAAUAAAGUUGUCACCACGUUUCCGUCCAGGUUAAGAAGACCCUCUAUCUAGGCUGGCUCACAUUGACGUGAAAGUACCGGACAGCUGUUGCGAGAUUGGCCAAACGGAAUACCAUCAUGUUUUAUUAACAUCAUAAUGAGAUUGCAUGCCCGGAUGUUCUAUUAAUAGAUUUCCGACAUUUAAAUGGCCAACCAUGUUAUAGGCAGCAAAUAGGCGGCCUCUAUUGUCUAACACUCACAUUUUUUCCUGACUAUAUUAUGCACACUUUACGAGCUUUUACAUUUAUGAAGUCCAACUUUGUCAAGUACAUUUUCAACAAUACUACAAUUUUUUAAUAGACUAUCCAGUGUUAAAUCUUUUUAAUAUACUGUGUCAUGUUUGUUGAAUCAUGUGUGUUGUAUCGUGUUUGUGGUUUUAUGUUUGUCAUAUCAUGUAAAUGGUUUUAUGUUUGUCAUAUCAUGUUAAUUGUUUUAUGUUUGUCAUAUCAUGUUUGUGGUUUUAAGUUUGGCCUAUCAUGUUUGUGGUUUCAAAUUUGUCAUAUCAUGUUAAUGGUUUUAAGUUUGUCAUAUCAUGUUUGUGGUUUUAAGUUUGUCAUAUCAUGUUAAUUGUUUUAUGUUUGUCAUAUCAUGUUUGUGGUUUCAAGUUUGUAAUAUCAUGUUAAUUGUUUUAUGUUUGUCAUAUCAUGUUUGUGGUUUUAAGUUUGUCAUAUCAUGUUUGUGGUUUUAUGUUUGUCAUAUCAUGUUAAUUGUUUUAUGUUUGUCAUAUCAUGUUUGUGGUUUUAAGUUUGUCAUAUCAUGUUAGUGGUUUUAUGUUUGUCAUAUCAUGUUAGUGGUUUUAUGUUUGUCAUAUCAUGUUUGUGGUUUUAUGUUUGUCAUAUCAUGUUUGUGGUUUUAUGUUUUUCAUAUCAUGUUUGUGGUUUUAUGUUUGUCAUAUCAUGUUUGUGGUUUUAUGUUUGUUGAAUCACGUUCGAAUUUUUAAAAACAUUUUUACAAUCAGUCAUUAUUCACUGAACCCCCCCCCCUCCUUAUAAUCUUAUAAUGUAUUCAGUGGCGUAGCUGGGGUAAUUACCAUCUGGGCAAGCCAAGAUUUUUGUCGCCACCUUCCGCUUAAAUGUUUUACAAUGCUCCGAAAAUGUCACCCCCUCAACAUAAGAAAAAGAGUGCCGCCAGAGGCUGACCCCCCUCCCCUUCCUACGCCCCCAUUCCUACGCCACUGACUGUAUUACGGUGUACUAUUUUAAACCUGAAAUGUAACAACGAUUGAUGUAUUUUUGUAUCUCUCGAGCUCAUAUUAGAAAAGAAUUACAGAUAAUACUUUACUGAUGAAGUACACACACAAACACUGUCACGCAGGCGCACCACGAGGCUAUGUAUAACUUUCUUUGUAUACGUCACAUUCGUUACCACAGUGAAUUUUCUGGGGAAGAACUCGGACGAGAGGGUCACGGCGUCAUUGUUAUUUUUUUAUUAUUAUUAUUUUUAUUUUUUUAAUCAUGGCCGUGGUUUAUUUUAUUAAUAAACUUUCAGCAAAACGGUGUAGAGACCGAGGGGAACGUAAUUAUCUGAUUUCGGCUGAAACCGAAACUUAGGCCGAAAGUUCAAAAUUACUUUCGGCCGAAACCAAAGCUGAAACCAAAAGCUUAAUGUGACUUUUCAAAAUUUUGGCCGAAACCAAAGCCGAAAUAUUUAGAUAUUUUAAAAAAAAUGUCAUGCAUAAGUUCUGCGUACAUCGAUUAGGGAAAGUAUGAUUAUUUACAUUCCUUUUAUAAUAAAAAUGAGAUCAUCGUGAAUAGUAAUAAAUACACAUCGAAUGAAAAAAUAGGCUUUUACCAUUUUCAUUUAAAAGUCAUUUAAAUUUCUUAAAUUUUUUUUUUUAAAGUAGUAUGGUAAGAGAGAAUUUGGACCGGUUGGAAGGGGGGAGGGUGGGGCAAAAUUCGUGCAAAAUAGACCAUUGAGUGUCCUCUUCUUUUAUAAUAUAAUUACAAUCUAGGACCUAUAACUACAAUAAUUAUUGUGGCUCUAAUGGAGCCAAUUGUCAUCUAAAUAUGAGUUAUUAACGCUAUAAAAUAUCACCACAAUGUUUCGCGAUUAUGCCACACUAAUGCUUUGUGUUUUCAUAUAUAGCUGGCUAGAUAUCGCUGUAUUAAUAUUUAGCCUAGUACCAACACAUUAGCCUUUCCGUGCUGGUGACGUAAUUAUUUCGUUCAGUGACCAGCCUCCCUCACCCCCAUUUGGUAGGGGAAUUUUUUUUUUAACCGGGUCUCUUAAAAUUGUUGUUCUGACGGAUCUCGACCAAGAAUCACAAAAGACGUAAAUUGUCGCCACAAUCAUAAAAGUGAAGUCAACAGGUUUGCAGUAGGCCUACGACAUAAUUACUCUACGAACCCGUGAUACAUGCAGACGGGUGUUAUUUCGUCAAUAACAGUGUUUAUGAGCAUGAUUAGGAUGAAUUUCAAGAAGUGAAUGAAUUGAAACAGCCAAAGUUUGCUGUACUUAAAAAAAAAAAAAAAACGAAAAUGAUAAGAGA